AUAUAUAGAUAUAAAUCGUAUAGGUAAAUCUUGUAUAUAAUAAGUCUAUUGAACUAGAUUUUAAGCGGGAUAUUUUUGCACCUUUACAUUGUGGUUGUUGUGGUUUAUUUAUUUGUUAGGACAGUUAGAUUCACGGCUGUAACGUACCAAAGAUAUUGAUCCAGUGUUUGGUUGGUUGCUCAUUAGACAAAGAGAGAAAAAACAAGUCACAACAGUGUUAGAAAAUACACAAAGGAGGCGAGGGUAGCUGGCAACAGUACAGAGUUUCUACUUGCAGUCCAUAUAAUCUACAUAGACAUAGAUAUUAUACCUAUAAUAAACAUUUAUAGACAACUAGUGACUGGAAAUUGCUGGGCAGGAAGAAGAAGCAGAAAAUUUGUGACACUAUUACCGCUGUUGAUUUCUGUGUAAGGUUAUUGGUUAUUGGUUGGAACAUUCUUUGUCUGAGUAAACUGGAGGCUUGUUUAUACAGAAAUCAGGCAUCUGUUAGAUAAUAAAUAUUAUAUAGGAAAUAAUCGUGAUAUAGUAGGCUGUCAGUGCUUUGUAUUUUGAUAUUUUGGUAACAUAUUAUUGGAGAACUGCUUGACGUACUAUUGGGGGAAAACAAGGUAGGAAGAAGUGUAGCAUAGACAGUUGGAUUGUUUUCAUAGAAUGGUUAUUCGAUCGUCAGGGCAUAUGAGCAUUUAUGAGGAAAUUAUUGCAACAUUUUGCUUCAAAACAUUUCUGAAACCAGUCAAUUAAGUUUGAAAUAGUGAAGGAAAAGAUUGUUUACAUAAUUGUGAAACAAGGAUCAAAACAUUUGAAACCAGGAAGUAUUAGGAUAAGGCAAAGGGAAAUUUAAACAAUCCGAUAUUCUGAAAUUCUAUAUAUUAUCAGGAAGUUAAUAACAAUGAUUCUGUGAGCACGGAAGAAGUUACUUUUUAUCAACUUGAAAUGAAUGUAGUAAAAGCUUGUGGUAAUGGCUUGUCUUUGAUAGAAGGUAUGCUCUUGGAUUGAAUUAAAUUCAAGAGCUCACAAAAAAUACGAAAAUAGGUGAGAAGAUUUUAUCGUUCUUGACAAAAUUCUGUGAUAGAGGGCUGCUGGAAGAGGAAGAAGUUGAAAGAGUCAAGAUGGUUAAGACGUUUCAAGCAUAUUUGCCGAAUAAGUGCCACAGAUUGUACAGUUGCGUCCACUGCCGUGCGCAUCUGGCGAAUCACGAUGAACUUAUUUCAAAGUCAUUUCAAGGAAGCCAGGGGAGAGCCUAUCUGUUCAAUUCAGUUGUGAACAUUGGGUGUGGCCCAGCAGAGGAGAGGGUGUUGCUGACAGGGUUACAUGCUGUUGCAGACAUAUUCUGUGAAUGUUGCAAAACCACUCUUGGCUGGAAAUAUGAGCAUGCAUUUGAGUCUAGUCAGAAAUACAAGGAGGGAAAAUUUAUCAUUGAGUUGGCCCACAUGAUCAAAGAUAAUGGGUGGGACUAGCACAGGUUGGAGGUGGAGUCAACAUAACAGUGAAGGAGGGCUUAUGGGCACAAAAUUGGAACUUUUUAUCAUUUUGCAGAAAGAGAAAUUACAUUUUACAUAUUCCAGUCACAAAACCAUAGUUACAGGCCAAGAUUAAGUAUUUGAAUGUAUGUCGUUUACAUGAAAUAUGAAAACUCCCAUCCAUCAGAUUAUCGAGGACUUACUGAAAGUUGGACUGUUGAUUCCAAGCAAAGCUUUAUGAUAGUAUUCUUCCACAGAAAGUUUCAAAAGAAUUUCCAUUACUAUGUUAACCAGAAAAAGGUAAUUCACUAAGAAGCUGACAAGACGAGACGUCUGGAUAUACGAGGAUGAAUAACUUCUGGAACCUCCCUCCCUCCUUCCUGCCAUGUUUAAAUACAAAAUAAAUAAUGGAUCUCUGAACUUACAUUCCCACUGUUAUAUCAGUGAUUUGGUGUCUUUCAUCUGUAUUCACUGUAAGAAUAUAGAACACAUUUGUUUUCACUGAGAUGAAUACAAAAUACUUAACUGUAUUCACUGUGAGAAAAUAUGGAACACAUGGUCGUCUACUGGAAAAAUAUAGGACACAUCUGUAUUUACUGGGAGAACACAGAAUACAUGUGUAUUAAUUUAAGAAUUAAUGAGUACACCACUGUAGUGUACUAAAUAGAUGUAGUUACAUUUUAAAAAUGUUUGAUAUUAGAAAUUAAUUUAUGAUUUCAGUACAUUGUAUUACAUUUCAUUCAAAAAUUAAAAGAAACCAAACAACUGUACAUGCAGUAAAUAUUGAAAUGGGUGAAAAUUUGGAAGUGCUGUAUACAAAACAGUAGGUUUGGUAUGAAGAACAAUAAAAUAUAAAAACUGUGUUGUACAGAAGGAGCAGUGUUAUAGAUAGAUUAUGUUGGAGCAUGACUUGAGGUGUGUUAUGGAGGUUUUUGUGCUAGGGUUAUAGCAAAUAAGAUUUACAAUAGAUGUGUUCAGUUGUUUAAUGUCUGCUAUGGAAAAAUGUGCUAAAUGGAUAGUAUAGUUAGCAGUUCAGUUAAAAUUUCUGAAGCAGUGCUAAGACGCAAACAAGGUACCUGUCCAAAAAGGGAAGCUGGUGCCAGUAUUAAAGAAUUGGAGGUGUAUAUAUUGGUACCCGAACUACUACAGGGUUUGUACCAGUGUGAUUCGGAAGGGGUACCAGUAUAAAGAGUGUACUAGUACUUAAAAGUAUAGCAGAGGCACAAUCAAUCACAUGUAUUCCAAAGAUAAGAAGACUAAAACAUGAAAAAUGACAGAAACAUAGACGAAAAUUCAUUAUUUGUAGAGUGAGGAGAAAAUAUACAUAAAGACAGGAGUAAUAGAAAUGUCAAGGUCACAGGUUUUGAAAGAAGUCCAAAGGUUCUUUGGAGAUUUUACAGAUACGUGAGAACAUGCAGAUAUCAGAUAGUUGCUGUUAACGCAUCUUGAUCUGUAGCGUGGAACAAUAUUGUUAUUAGGUAUUGAGUUGGUUUUUUUGUAUGAGCAAGGUAGAAAUAAUUUGUGUUCUAUAGAAUAUAUGAAUAUCAGAGUAGAUGAUGUAAUACAUAUUAAGACAUUAGAGAGGUUGCAAUUUCAGUAUACGGAAGCUCAUCAGUUUGUGUAGCGAUCACUCUGCAAAAUGAUGAGGAUCUGCUAGAAAUAGUCCAAUAAAAAUAAUGGCGUUAGCUGGACGCAAAUCUAAAUUAUUUAAACUUCAGAUUCCAGUUUUUCAAGAACACUUUGAAUGUUUAUGGCUUAACUGUGUGAAAAGUAACAAUGUUUUAAUAAUUUACACACCAGAAACUAAUUAAUAGAAAUUAGAUUCAAAAGAAAUCACACACGCACCUGUAAAAGGAUGAAAUUGCAGCCUCUAUUGUUAAGUGAUGGAAGCAUGUAAUUUUGUGAUUUUAUCAUCUAUAAUUGUAAAAAGAGAAGUCUUGAAAUGUUAAGAUAUUGACAAUGUUGUUAAAUAUCAUUUUCAUGGAAGAGGCUACAAAUGUCUGAGAAAAUCUGCGCUGGGGAAUGAAAGAAUAUGAUGUUUGUCAAAGUACAAGGUUUUGUCUAUCAGCUGUUCUUGAGAAUAGAAAAUUAAGAGCUGGUUAAGUAUUACAGUAUAAGGAUUACUGAUAUAUAAAUUGAAAAUCUAGGGCUUAGGGUUUGUUUUAUCGAUAGAGUUAUAACUGUUUCAUACAAAGCCCACAGUCUAUGUCUCACUAAAAUUAUAUGAAAGGCUUUCAACCUAAAAAAAUGUGUAUUGCCGAUAUAAUCUUAAAAUAUUUUAUAAAAUAUGACUCUGUGUCCAUUUCAAUAACAGUCAAAAAAUCAUGUUACCUCUAGAUGUAAAGAUGUGACCAGAAGAAGAAAAUUAGCAUUAUAUUUUGUUCUUGAUUUAACUUAUGGUUAUGCAUUUUAUUUCUAUUUUCAUCUAGUUAAAUUGUUACAAUAAUAAAGCAGCUAUUUUCUUCACUUUUGAAAACAAUAAUUUCCUUCACUUUUAAAAGCAAUAAUUUCCAUAUCUCUUAAACUAUAAUUUCCGUCUCUUUAGAACAAUAUUUCCUUCAUUUUUGAAUAGUAAUUUCCUUCAUUUUUGCACAGUUGACUAGUUUGAUUUUUUCUGUCAUGGGAAAAAGUAACAACAUUUUACUACAAUGUUUUAUAAUUAUUUUCUGUUUUACUUGAAUGAAAAUGUACAAGUUUACAUGCUAAUGGUCUUGUCUUCUAUUCCAUCAAGUUUUAUACUUAAUGUAACUGCCAUGCAGGUGAUACUGAUUUUUUAAUUAGGGCAUUUUGGUGAAAUUCAUUAAUGAAAAACUCUUGUUAGCAGUUUUGAUUGAAUCAUUUGUUUUGUGAGCAGUCCAGGGUCUAUGAAGAUAGUUAGUGUUUUAAACUAGGAAGUGAUCAAAUAGUUUAUUUUAGAUGGAUCUGCUAUAUAUUAUUUAAAUUGGAUUUCCUGUAAGUAAAGUGAUGUACUUUCAGAUAAUUUUAGUUAUCAGUAAAGACAACUCAUAAUCUUAGUAAUACACAUGUGGAUCAUUUGUUUAUGUAAACAUUGUCUGUAUAUUGAUACACUCCCAUUGUACUCAUGAUUCUAGAGAGGUUAUAAAAUCUAUCUUUGAGCUUGUCACUUUCUUUGGACAGGAAUAGUCAAACUGUUAGUGUACAUGACUAUGAAUAAGAUCUGAUGUAAUGGGUCAAAGUAUCUAAGCUGAGUUUUAAGAGCAUUCUGGUUUGGUGUGCAAUAUCAGUUUUGUUUUCUUAGACUCUGUAAUACUCCAUAAAUGAACUUAGGGUACAGCAGAAGGAAGGUGGAAUGUUUGCAAAGGAGGGAGAGCAAAACAUAUUUAGCUGGAUUUUGUGAAAUGUUUAACCAAAGGGCUGAGUGGUGGUUGCUGACACCACUGCUGGUCUCUGUGGCUGAGUGGUGAAGGUUGCUGACACUGCUACUGGUCUCUGUGGCUGAGUGGUGAAGGUUGCUGACACCGCUGCUGGUCUCUGUGGCUGAGUGGUGAAGGUUGCUGACACCGCUGCUGGUUGGUUAACUCACUUGGGGUGUAAAGUUCUUUCAUGUGAGGAAUCCAUCCAGCUGGCUUGCAGAAGGACAGGGAUUUUCACCAGGUGCCUGCAAGUCCUGACAUAAUGCUUAGGUGGGCUCUACCAUGGCAGAAAAGUAACCGUAUGACCUAUAACUAUGUUUAUGUAAAGUUAAACCAAAACAAAAACAAAACAAAAGUACACAAUGAAGAGUUUAAUGUCAAGAUUGAUAAAUGGACACUGAGCAUGCUUGUUCCCAUGCACAUUAUUUCCAGACACAGUUUUGGAAGACAUUACGAUUGUUUUGUUUGUGCUGUUUACAAUUUAGUAAAUGUGUUUGUAUUGAGGCCAUCCUUCACUGUGUAAGAUGGAUUAAACUGAUUGAUAAUGUGUUAUAAAACUGUGCUGUUGUUAAGAAUAUUUUUUGUGCUAUAAUUGUUGUGAUCCUAAGAUUUGAAGUUUUGUAAAAGUGCUCGGAGAAUGUUGAUUGCCAUCAAUAGAUUGUAUUUACACACCACCUCUUAAAUGAUGCCAAUGCUGUAGGAAUGGUUGGACUUUGUCACUUUCAGAUGUACUAAAAUUGCUUUUGUCACACAGCUGUCUGAAAUAUGACCAUGUUAACUGUUGGAAAUACCACCUUUGCUUUUUUUAAUUGACAGUUGAAAAUAUUACCAUUGGCUUUUGUCAGCUAGCUGACCAUCUGGGUUUUUUGUUUGUAGACUGUUUGAAGUAGCACCCUUUUGUUUUGUGAGCUGACUGUUGGCAAUUCCACUUUUGGCUUUUGUCAUCUGACAGUCAAAAAUAAUACCAUUGGCUCUUGUCAGCUUGUCAUCUAAAAGAACACCCUAGAAUUUUGUCAUCUUUGCCAUGGAAAGAAGUGCAGACAAUCUUAGAAAGGUAUUUCCUCUUGAAAAUUUGACCCUCUAAAUGUCAGUUACUUCAAGAAAAAAAGUUUUAAGAAUGGUCUAGUUGUUUUUCUGAUUUCUCAUGAACAUGAAUAUUUUCAAGCCUUGGUGUUUAUUUCAAGGAUACUGAAUAUCGACAAACUUUGGUUGAUAUUUUCUGCUCUUUUUUUUUGUCGAAUGUAAACUCAGGAACCUUUCAAAAUAUAAAUUGUGAUAAAAAUAUAACACUAUAACAGGAAGGUGUCCUAUGAUUGAACAUUUUUGUAUGGAAUUAUUGUGAAGUUUUCUCGGUAGAAUUGAAUUAUUAUUGUACUUGAAUUGAUAAAAAUUAUGCUAUGAUGAUAAUGAUAAUAAGUUUUGUUAUUGGUGUUCGCUUAAUGUAAGAUGUAAUUGAUAGUAAUAGUAUAUGUUAGGCAAUGUUUUACUAUAGUACUAUAGAUAUAUCAUGGACUGUGUAUAUCAUUCGUCUGUGUUGAAGGUUUCAGUAUUUUGUAUGCAUCUAAAAAGGAUUGAUUUUAAUGCUAGGGUUCUAAUGUAGGAAUUAUUAGAAAGAUGGUAAAAAUUGUUGGGUUCAUCAGAUGUCCUUUAAUAUGAAAAAAAUGUCUGGUAAACAAUGAAAAGUUUUAUUAAAAUCUUUUGAAAUCUGUAGCAGGCAUAAAAUUUCUGAACAUUUAGUUUGAUUAUUUACAAGAAAAAAUAAGAUUUAACUUAUAAAAUUCAUAGUUUUGAAACAGAUACAGAAAAAUAUAAUUAUGUUACAGCUUUGACUCUUUGAUUAAAUCAUGUAACCUUGAUGCGUACAAACAAAGUUUGUAAUAUAUUGUAUAUCGUAAAUAGGCACACCUCCUGCUUGACAUCAGUUUAUAACUACCUCAUUUCUAGGUAAUUGUAAGAGAAAAAUUAAAAUAGGGCAUUUAAAUGAGUUCUAUGCAGGAUUUUUUAUAUAAACACUCGUGUACUAUAUUAAUAAAAAUUCCCAAAUAUUAUUUAGUAAUAAAACACUCUUUAUUGUUUGUAAUAAUAUAUUCAUGUGAAGUGUAAAAUUUGUAGAAGACAUGAAAAAACAUUUGUCAUGCAGUAGAAACUUUUAUGUUUGAUGGAAAUAAUUCAGCUGCAUUUCAUGUUAUUCCCUAGCAGUUAAACUAUUACAAACUUAGGAUUUUGAAAUAUUGCAGACUUUGCUGCUUAUUUUAAAAAAAAAAAAAAAAAAAAAAAAAAAAAAAAAAACAGACAUCUGGAGGUGUGUCUCUUUAAAAUUGUCUUAACAUUGAUCAAGUGUUUUAUUCAUAAUUUAAGCAUCCAGUUAUAACAUUUUAGGUCUCUCUUCAUGCUUUAUUUUGCACAUCAUUAUAUUAACAUCAUGAAACCAUUACAGUAAAAAAAAAACACUCAUCUUCACCACCACAUCUUCUAAGAUAUCUGUCAUUUCAGAUUUUUCUUCUCAUCCUUCAUGUUCAGCUUACCAAAAUGUCUUUCAAUUCAUUUAUCUUUAAUAUUUUGACUACUUUUUCAUGACAAGAAUUACUACUUUUACAAAACAAAAAAAAAAAAUGCAACAAAUUUGAGAUAUAGAUAUAAUUAUGUUUUUUUAUGAUUUGUGAUGUUCAUGUAAUUGAGAGUACUGUAGUAGUAAUUUUGAGGACUUGAAUUCUCAGAAGGUAAUUAUUUACUUAACCCUUACCCUGCUAACUUUCUAUAAUGAACUUGUCCAUCUUUCAAUUCGGACAGUACCAUUAACUGUUAAAAGAGGUGCUUACCAAAAAGAUACUGACUGAAUGGCGAACAGUGCAGACCAUGAUCAGACUGCACGGAUGUGCAGGCUGAUCUUGGUCUGCACUGGUCGCAAAGGCAGAAUCACUUGCCGCCAGCAGGCUUAGGGUUAAAACGUUUAAGUUUACAGGGGGAUAGUUUUGAGUAGUGUAAUUUUCUCAAACAUCUUGGUCUGUCUUUUCAUUACUAGCUACCAACACAUUCUUAAAGCAUAUAACAUUCUAUGACAUAUGUAUUGUUGAAGAGAGUGUGAUAGUUGUCUCCAACAAAUUUGAUAAUGUAUUGCCAUUAUAUUAUCAUUGAUGUAUGAAAAAAUCUCUCGGUGAAAAAAGUGCAUAUCGCUAAUGUUUAUGGUAGAAAAUGUAAAGUUAGGUGUGUAAUCAUAGUUGGUGACUUUGAUAUUUUAUACUAGAUGUAUAUUUUGUUUGUUAUCACGUGCAUCACCUCCCAGGAAAUCUUUAUAUACUCCUAGUUUGAGACCAUUUUACACAUACAUUCUGUUUGUCUGAAUAAAGGAGUGAAAAGGUCAUUAACAAGAACACUAGGUUGUGCUUUUGCAAAUUCAGUUUAAGAUUAAGGUACAGACUGAUUCGGCAGUCAUUAAUAUUUUCAUCUGAGGGAGAGAUACUGUGCUAAGCUGAUGGGAACAUGUUUUUGUUGAGUUGUUAAUAGAUUUUGACUGAUUAGAUUUUAUUCUUUAUUGAGUUGUCAAGCCAACUUUGGCUGAUUAAUUUCGAGUGAAGUCUUUAAAAUUUACCAUUAGAAAGUUUACAUGGCGAGACAGGAACCAGACAGCAGUGUUUAAACAGAAACUAUCAAAAAGGAGUAUAGGGUUAGUAGGGUUUCAUGGGAAAUGAUGCACUAGUUAUUGGACAAUAACGAUGCUGCACAUUGUGUACUAUGUAGUGCUCUAGGUGUAAUUGGUAGUCAUAGUGUUUUUAAACUAGACACAUACUUUUCCUGGCAGACAUGUGCUAAUUUUGUGAUGUUGUAUGACUGUGAUGAUUGAAAAACUGUAACUGUUACCUUUUAAAUACACAUUUUGUUUUUGUUUUAAAGACCACUGUCUUGAUAUUCACAAUUUGUUUUGGUUUAGAAAAUAUGCACCUGCAUUAUGUGUAGUAAUUGAAACUUAAAUUAUAAAAUUAGAAAAAACAUUGUGAAGAAUUUGAUUGGUUGUUACAUAGGUGAGAUACUUUCAAAAUUAUCCAGUGAAUGGGUAUGUAUUCUUUUUGAAAGUAAACAGCCAAUCAGAAACCAUGUUACUUUUAAAGUUUUCUUAGAAUUGUUGUCUUAGGGUUAGAGGAUAGACUGUGAUACUGGUAACUGGUGGUAAAUAUAAUAAUUUUUUGUACAUUUUAUUGGGAGCUGAUACUUGUAUGGUUAAGUUUAAAAGAAAUAUUUUUGUAUGGCUUGGGUUGAAACAAAGCAUGCUUAAAGUUUAUGUCCUGUCCUUAAGCUUUGAGUGAUUUUUUAUGGAGAAUUCUUUCUUUGAUAAUUUCACAAAUAGGGGAAAAGUUAGGUAGAUGAAAUGAAAAGAUGGUAUUUUUAUCAUGCCACUAUAUUAAAUUUUCAAGUAUGUUGCCUUUUUAUGUGUUGCUUUAAUAACAAGAAAUCAAAAUAAUUAUUUGAUUGGUCUAAAACAAGUGUUUUAAAUAUGCUUUUCAAUGAAAUGUACAUAUAUCUCUAACCCUUUGACACAAUUUAGAUUUAAACUUUCUAUGGUUAAAAUUUUAAUAAUUGAGAAAAUGCAAUAAGAAAUAAUGUGAUAUUUUUGUAUGAUACAGCAUGAUCUAGUCAUUUCCAAUCAUUGUAACCAUUCAUCCACCUUGUUGUCUGGUGUACCUGGAAAAUAUAGUAUCUGUGGCCAUGUGAGAUUGUUUAUAUGUUGUUAUUUUUUCUUUUAUUAUAACUAUAUUUAGUAAUUCUGUUGUCAGAUCCAUAGUUUCUAUUGUGAUAGUAGCACAUUUCUUUUAAAUUUUUUUUCUUUUUCCUUUUGAAAAUAAAUGGAUAUUUUUGGACAGGUGAGGUUACUUGUUAUAAGUGAAUUUUCCAAUUGGGGAUAGCUUUUUUUUCUCAACAUGAAAUAUAACAACAAGCAGAAAUGUGUUAAAAUACUGGCACACCUCUGGAUUACUGGAUGCACCUUGGGUAGAAUAUGGCCCAUAUGACCAUUUGCAGCCAACAUCUUGUAUCAACAUGACUUACAAGUUAUAAUGAUAACAUUAGAGGUGAUUCAUUUUAAAUGUGGACUGCAGCAUCGCACCCAAGCAUGCGCACUAUGCACCAGCAUCUUUACAUGGUGAACCAGAGACCAGCCUGAAUUAUAAUUAUUUGAAAAACAUUUUAUGCUGUGUAUGUUGUGCUGUUAUAUUAAAUUGUAUUUUCAAUAUGUAUUGUUAUUUGAAAACACUUUCUCAAAUUAAUUUUUUAUGACUGUCAUUUCAUAACAUACAUUUUUGGUGUCAUUCAUUUUUUUCUUCAUUGAAAUGUAUUUAUUUUUGAUUGUACAAUUCAUUGUGUAAGCUUUUGAGCUUUGGCUAAUAAAACAGUGUAAUGUCA